GAGCAAGCUGCCACCAAAGCUUCGCUGUCACCCCGGUUAGACAAGGGCAAAGUCACAUUUGGGGUGUACCAUACCCCCAGUGAAUUUCUUGAAGCAGCCAGAGCCGUGCAUCACCCUUCCCAUCUGGAGGUGCUGGUCCCCGAGGAGCUGCGCAAGGCGGUACGCCGCAAUGUGACCACGGCCCCUGAUUCCUUGGCAAGAGACCGGACUGAGACUAUUCGCAAGUGGAUUGCAUGGAGCAAUGAGCUGCAGCCGAAGGAAGAUCAGUUGAAGUCCGCCAUGUCUCCACACAGGGCAAAGAUCUUGGCUGGUAAAAGGCUGUGUCUCUUCAGGCGGAUCCUAGAGGAAUCUGGUCACCAAGACCACCAGCUGGUGCCGGAUAUCAGCGCCGGUUUCAGCCUGACCGGCCGGCUGCCCAGGUCGGAGGUUUUCAAGGAUCGCUACCGCCCAGCAUCGCAGACAGUGGACAUGCUGCGUGAAGGUGCAUCUAGGGCCAGGGCCGCUACCUUGGCCAUGUGCGUGCAGGCAGACGAUCCAUGGAUUGAUGAAGGGGUAGAAGAAGCGACCCUUAAGGAAGUGGCGGACGGACCUGCGGAUGCCACCCUGACCAGGCGGUUUGGGGUGAUUCAAGGGGAAGCCAACGGCAAGCCCAAAGUCACGAUCCAUAGCAUGGACGUUGUCGCUGGCACGAUUGCCUAUUGGCUAAGGUGCUCUCAGGAGUGCAAGUGCAGUUCCGAUAUCCUGGCCAAGUGUUGGGAUCUGAAAUCAGCAUACAAGCAGCUCCCCCUCACUGACACAUCCCUUGAGCUGGACAGCUACUUUGUUAUUUUCAGUCCAACUGCAAAAGAGCCCCGCAUUUUUCGCCAGCUUGUGUUGCCCUUCGGGUCGGUCGCAAGUGUGACAGGGUUCAUUAGGGCCGCGUUAGGAUUGUGGGUUAUCGCCUUAGUGCACCUCACUUUGGUGUGGACAAUGUACUUCGACGAUUUCUUGCAUCUCUCGAGCCGGGUCCUUUGCAGGCACUCUGACAUGAUCAUCUCGAUGUUUUUCCAGCUUCUCGGCUGGCGUGUGUCCAAGGACAAACUUCUUGAUUACUCCUCGUGCUGCAAGGCCUUAGGGAUUCUGAUCGAUUUGAAGCAGGCCUCCUUUGGGAAAGUAUUUUUCACAAACACGGAUAGCCGGCGGUCGGAACUGCUGGAUGCGCUUGAGAAGGUUCUUGAGACCGGGACCCUCAAGCCGAAGGAUUGUGAAAGACUAAAAGGUCGGCUUCAAUUCGCCUCCGGACAACUGUUCGGGCGAAAGGCUAGGUCCUGCCUGAAAACUUUGGGGCUUCAUUCGAGCAAGGCUUCUCAUGAGAUCAGUGCAGCCACGAGGAAUGCCUGUGAACACCUCAGAGACCUCUUCCUUGAAGCGGCCCCGCGCGAGGUUAGGGGAUCCUUGGGAGAUGUUUUUCAUUGCUUCGUAGAUGCCUCUUUUGAACCAAAUGAAGGCUUUAGUGGGAUAGGGGGCUGCCUCUAUUCCAGCACUGGAAAGGCAGUGGCAUGGUUUGGGUGCGAGGUGGACCAUGACUCCGUGAAGCUCAUUCUUGAAUCUGGCGAAGCUGAACGCAGCGCUGCGAUAUACGAGCUUGAGUGCGUCGCGGUAGCAGUGGCCUUGGAGGUCUUUGGAUCCUACUUGGCUCACAAAAAUGUGGUUCUUUUUACUGACAAUCAGGGAGUUCAGGGAACGCUGAUCAGGUGCUGGUCGGAGAACAGGAUUGGGAACGGCCUUGCUCGGUUGAUAUGUUGCAGAGAGGAGAAGUUGCAAUCCUUCCUGUGGCUGGAGCGAGUCCCAUCAUCCAGUAACCCCUCGGAUGCACCGUCCAGAGGUUGUGAGCCUGCAGGUGCAUUCAAGGAAAGGUCCGAGGUACCGCCGGGCAUGGUGCCUGGGUUGUUACGCGAAGCCCUCCGUCUUGAUGCCCUUUAG